UUUAAUACAAAACAACAUAAUUGUGUAUUGGGGUGUGAUAUGAAUGCAAAUUCUCUAGUUAAUUUACAUCUCUAUAUUGGAAAUGUUAAUCAUUUCUGUGUAAGGCUUUGUAAGGGAAAGGAGGAUGAGAAAAAAACUAUACGGUUACAAGAUGAAUGGAGAUGUGUCUCAAGGAGAAGGGUCAACAGGAGGGGGAGAUGCCUCUAAACCACUAAAUCUGGCCACUAGUGCUUCUGCAGCAAUACAACAGCUUCAGAAUGCCUUGUUAGCUGGACAGUUCCCUCUUGCCACAGGCGCAGCAGCACAAGGUGGAUUGUUGUUACAGGGAGGAUUUGCUCAACCAGCUGUGGUACCAGUUUCUACUGGACUAGCAGGGAUACAGUUGUCAGCAGCAGAUCUCCAACAGUUACAACAACUUCAACAGACAAUUCAACAACAUCAGCAGUUGCAGUUACAACAGGUUCAAACCAGUCAGAACCAGGCGUUACAGACUGCACAGACGACACAAGCCACUCAACAGUUCAAUGCCCCACCUACUUUAGCCACUCUACAGGGUCUGACAGCAGCCAAUUCGCCACAGAUUGUUCUGAUUAAUACAUCACAGCUAGGUGGAGCUUCAUUACAACCAUUUAUUAUUCAGAACCAGGGUAUUCCAGUAUUACAGAAUUUGACAUUGGCAUCGCUUGGACAACAUGCACAACUGGCACAACAGAUUCAGCAACCAGUUUUACAACAAACAACACAGGCUGCUGCCCUAACCCAACCAACACCCGCUCCAGUGCUGCAGUCUCAGAAUGUAUCACAACAACUUAAACAACUACAACAACAGCAGCAACAACAACAACAACAAGCAUCAGAAUCUAUCAAGGAACCAGUAGAACUUGAAGAGGAGUCCAUGCAUCUUACCAUACAACCAGAAGAAAACAUUGAUUUGGAAGAGUUAGAACAGUUUGCUAAAACUUUUAAAAGAAGAAGAAUUGAAUUAGGAUUCACCCAAGGUGAUGUGGGUCUUGCUAUGGGAAAGUUAUAUGGCAAUGAUUUUAGUCAGACAACUAUUUCUAGAUUUGAGGCAUUAAAUCUGAGCUUUAAAAACAUGUGCAAGUUAAAACCGUUAUUACAGAAAUGGUUGAAGGAUGCUGACAUGUUGUCAGCUAGUCCGACCACUCCAGUGUCUGGAGGUAGUACUAUUGGAAACCUUUCUCCUGAAGCUAUAGCCAGGAGGAGAAAGAAGAGAACCAGUAUAGAUACCUCAGUUCGGGUGGCAUUAGAGAAAGCAUUCAUACAACACCCUAAACCUUCAUCAGAGGAAAUCGCAAAUUUAGCAGAAGAUUUAAAUUUAGAAAGAGAGGUUGUCAGAGUGUGGUUUUGUAAUAGACGUCAAAAACAGAAAAGAAUUAACCCUCCAUCUAUGUCUAUGAACGUUACUGUUAAUGCACAGCUGAACUCGCCAACUAAUACCUCUAUGAAUCUUUCUGGUUCCCUGAACCAUCUAAUGGCUCACUCAUUAUCAGGGAACCAGACUCAGACAAUAGGUACAACAUUAAACAAACCAACAGUUGUUAACAGUGUUGUUGGGAACCAGUUGUUAAGUAAUACACAGACAAUUUCAGCAGGGAUACAGAACCCUAUAUCCAUUAAUACAUCAAAGAAAGACUUGCAAGUUACUUCUGUUGACUUUUCUGCAGCUCAAGAAGCUCUUCAUUUUUCACAGGCGAUGCCAUUGGAAUUAAAACUAACUAAUGACAAGACAAGUGUGAAUACAAACAAUUUCUCCUCUAUUGCACAACAAGUACUUCCACUGGGAUUAACAUUACCUGUCACCUCUCAACAAAAAGUUGGGAAUUCUACCGAUUUUACUGUUGCACAAAAUGGAACUGGUUCAAAUAACCAGAUAUUCAUAUCAGGAUUACAGAUACCAACAUCACUGACAGCUAACCAGUCAGAAUUGACUAUAUCAACCUCUUCAUGAAAUGAUAAAAUGUAUAUGUAUACUUGAAAUGUUAUAAAAUUUAUCAGAAUAAUUCGAAAUAUUAGAAUCAUAACAGCUUUGUAAAGGAGUCAAUAAUAUAAUUUGAUUAGAGGUUUUCUUGCUUUGUUUUUUUUUUUUAUCUCCAAUAGGUCAUUCAUCUAUAAUGCUUAAAAAAAUUUUACUUUAAAAAAAUUUAAGCAUUCAAAGCCUUAUUAUAAGGUCUUUCAAAUAUGCUUCAUAUUUCAGUAAUAAUCACUUUAAUAUAUAGGUUGAAAGCUGUAAUGAAUUUGAUAUUUUCUUCAAAAAUGACAAAAAUUGUUUCAACAAAUAUUUUCGAGUUGUAAACAUGUGCAUGCAAUAACUAUGUAUAGGUUACAUGUACAUUGACAAAUACCAAUUGUUACUUGCAUACACUAUAUUUGCGUGUCCAAAACCAUUUUAAAUCAGCCAAAUUCUAUAUAUUUUCACAAAAAUCUAAAAAUAAGAUGAAAUUGAAAAUUAGAGUUUAUCAUAUAUUUUUUAGCAUUUCCCAACAACAGUGAAAACAGAGUGUUAUUCAAUGCUGCAUGUAGCUAAUGAAGAUAUUUUGAGAAAAAAAAAUUGCAAAUUUUACAUGCUUUGGGAAAAUUUUGCAUCAAAGGCCAUUGCUAACCAAAAUGACAUAAUGUAUCUGAAAGACACUACAGUAUAUAGCUUAUGAUUAUAAACUUCCAACAGAAUUUUUAUUUUAGUUAAGGAUAUCCUUGUUAUACACUUUAAAGAGUUAAGCUAUCUUUGAGCUUUUAUGAAUUGGUGAUCUGUUUAAAAAUAAGCCUUACUAUUGUUAUAAAACUAAAGUACACACAUAGAGCUCUAAUACUAGGAAUCCAAGUAAAGAUUGAAAGACAUUUUGAAAAUGGCCAUGGUGUGAAAUAAAUUCAGGGGAAAUUGGUCCUACCUAUUAAGUGAAAAUGUAGCAAAAUAUUUCCCUUUUGGCAUCAGUUUUUUUUUUAUCUGACAUUACUUUGGGAAUAUCAAUGUACAUAGUCAUAUAUGCAUGUUAUAUCAAAGAUACAGUAGUAAAAAGAUGAAUUCCUUAUUCUAUAGAUACUGUACAUGCUGUAUAUGAUUUUUAAAAAUAAAUAUGAAUUGAAAAACAACUGCUUCAUAUCUUUUUAAGACAAAAUUUAUUUUUACUUUUUGUAACAGUAUAGAAAAUUCACCAUUUUAUCUAUAAAGGAUAUUUAAAGGGAUUUAAUAAGUUUAAAGAUACUGUUACUUUAUGUACAUCAAAAUCAAACAAGGGUCCACUUCUCAAAAAACCAUCCCAUUGGCAGAGGAAGUAUGACUGUAAUAAGGACCUCUGUUUAGGUUUCAACUACCUUCAAAGUGUUAUCAAGAACAAUAAAACAAACAUUUUAAGAGGUUGACUAAAAUGGAAAGAAGAUUUAAGCAAACUUAAUACUGUAAAUAUAAUUGAAUUUUAUUAUUAAAAGCUUAAUCAGCAAUGUGAUUUAUAUUGAAUUAACAUUCCAUGUCAAAGAAAUACAAUGUGAUUUCUUGUACCAGACUUUAUUUAAGAUGUUGUUUUCCUAUAUUGUACAUGUUAUAAAUAAAUGGUUCGAUACAAUGUUGUAAGGAGCAUUAACUGCCUAUGUACAGUAUGUAAUGUAUAGUGGCAAAAAUAUUCUAUGGCAGCUAUUGAUAUUUCAAAAGAUAACCCAAAUAUGAAAUUAAAAAUCAUCUAUAUAUGU